AAGUUAUUAGUUUCAUGUCAUUAUUUGCAGAAAAAUGGGCCGAGUGAUCAGGUCUCAAAGAAAGGGUCCUGGAAGCGUUUUCAAGGCCCGCACAAGAUGUAGAAAGGGUAAAGCAGCCCUGAGAGCUGUCGACUAUGCUGAAAGACAUGGAUACAUUAAAGGAGUGGUGAAGGACAUCGUUCAUGACCCAGGACGUGGUGCACCUUUAGCCAAGGUGGUGUUCCGUGACCCAUACAAGUACCGUCUCCGCACAGAAACCUUCAUUGCCUCUGAAGGAAUGUACACUGGACAGUUUCUUUACUGUGGAAAGAAAGCCAAUCUUCAGAUUGGAAACAUUUUGCCAGUCGGAUCAAUGCCUGAGGGUACCAUUGUGUGCUGCUUGGAGGAGAAGAUGGGUGACCGAGGCAAGAUUGCCAGGGCUUCAGGGGACUACGCGACAAUUAUCGCCCACAAUCCUGAAACCAAAAAAUCGAGAGUCAAGUUGCCAUCUGGCUCCAAGAAGCUUAUCCCCUCUGCAAACAGAGCUAUGGUUGGUAUUGUAGCUGGAGGUGGACGUAUUGACAAGCCUAUGCUCAAAGCAGGUAGAGCUUACUUUAAAUACAAGGCCAAGAGGAACUGCUGGCCUAAAGUCAGAGGAGUGGCCAUGAACCCUGUUGAGCAUCCCCACGGAGGAGGUAACCACCAACAUAUUGGUAAGGCAUCCACAGUCAGAAGAGACACACCUGCUGGUAGAAAGGUUGGUCUUAUUGCUGCCAGACGUACUGGUCGACUACGUGGUACAAAACAACAGAAGCCCGCAGAGAAAGAGUGAUAGACUGUUGUUGUUGUAUAAAGAUAUUAAAAAAAAAAAGAUGCAACUGU